AUGAGCGAUAUAACUGUACAUGGCGGCUUCUCUGCUCUGUUCCUUCCUGUUCCUCCUAAUCUUGUCUUAUCUAUCCCGGAGAGCGAUCACCGGUUUCUAUCGUGCAUCUUUCGUAUCCCCAGCUUCAACAACAACGCCAAUAUGGUACAUAUCAAUCGUGUAGCCACCUCCAAGGAGAUUACCGAGGAGAAGGCUCAAUUUGCGGAGAUCUCGGCCUCUACUACUAUCAAUCUCUCUCAAGAAGAUGAGGCCGACGACUACACGGCGACUGUCUAUGGCAGCAAGUAUGCCGCUGAAGAUCUGCCGAGACAUGAGAUGCCGGAUCGAGAGAUGCCGCCUGCGAUUGCCUAUCGCAUGAUCAAGGAUGACCUUACCCUCGACGGUACUCCCACUCUGAACUUGGCCUCGUUCGUCACUACAUACAUGGAAGAUGAAGCCGAGAAGCUCAUGGUCGACGCCUUCUCCAAGAACUUCAUCGACUACGAAGAGUACCCUGUUAGCGCCGACAUCCAGAACCGAUGUGUCUCCAUGAUUGCGAAGCUCUUCCAUGCUCCAGCCGACGCGGAUGCGAACACUAUCGGUACUUCGACAAUCGGAUCGUCCGAGGCCAUCAUGUUGGGGGUCUUAGCCAUGAAGAAACUCUGGCAGAACAAGCGCAAGGCGGAGGGCAAGCCGUUCGACAAGCCCAACAUGGUCAUGAAUUCGGCCGUCCAGGUCUGCUGGGAAAAAGCGUGCCGCUACUUUGACAUUGAAGAGAAGUAUGUGUACUGCACAACUGAUCGCUACGUGAUCGACCCCAAAGAGUGUGUCGACCUUUGCGACGAGAACACCAUUGGUAUUUGUAUGUUCCCCAAGAGCGAAGGUCAUAAAUUAGAUGCUGACGUAGAAACCCCAGGCGCAAUUCUGGGAACAACUUACACUGGCGAGUACGAAGACAUCAAGGCCAUCAACGAUCUCCUCGUCGAGCGCGACAUGGAUGUCAACAUCCACGUCGACGCUGCAUCAGGUGGCUUUGUUGCACCAUUCGUGAACCCCGGUCUUCUUUGGGAUUUCCGUCUACCCAAGGUCACCACCAUCAACGUCAGCGGACAUAAAUAUGGACUCGUCUACCCGGGUGUCGGCUGGGUCAUCUGGCGUGACCCCGCACACCUGCCACAAGAGCUUGUCUUCACCAUCAACUACCUCGGCGCGGACCAAGCUUCAUUUACGCUGAACUUCUCCCGUGGAGCAUCGCAAAUCAUUGGACAGUACUACCAACUCAUUCGUCUCGGAAAGCGUGGAUACCGCAGGAUAAUGCUCAACCUGACGCGUAUUUCGGAUUAUCUUGCCGCAAACCUGGAAUCUUUGGGUUUCUUAAUCAUGAGCCAGAGGGGCGGUCAGGGUCUUCCUCUUGUUGCUUGCCGUAUCGACGAAGAUCUCGGCAAGAUGUACGAUGAGUUCGCCAUCGCACAUCAACUCCGCGAGCGUGGAUGGGUCGUACCCGCCUACACCAUGGCCCCGCACUCUGAAAAGAUGAAGAUGCUACGUGUUGUAGUGCGCGAAGAUUUCACAAAGUCUCGCUGCGACGCUUUGAUUGCAGACUUCAAGCUUGCUUUGCAAACGCUGGACGCCCUUGAUGCUAAGAAGAUCGAAGACCAGAAACAACAUGCAUUUGCCAUGCGCCGCCGCUCGACACUCGUCAGCCCAAUCUUCAAGAAGAACGCGACUGACCAUUUCGAUGAGGAGCAUAGUCUACAGGCAAAGACUGGAAAAACACAUGCUGUUUGCUAAAUCGGUUGUUGAGAAUCUGAGAGUGCUGGGUUGUGAGGAAAGACGUGAAAUGAGCUUUUCGCGAAAUAUAGAUGUAGAUGAAAUUAAGAAUUUUCCACAUCCC